CCCGAGCGCCUCGUCGCCAUCCUCCCGAGCGGCGUGGUCGCGGUGUGCCGGCGCACGUCCUGCGCGUGCACCUCAGCACCGGCGAGUGCCUAUAGUCCCCGGAGGAAGGGGGUCGCCGUCGUCGACAACCACCCGCCGCCAGCAUGGCCGUCGACGAGGACCUGGAGCAGCUCAUGGGGCACCUAGGAGAGUUCGGGAAGUACCAGAUGCGGCAGUUCCUGCUCCACAUCCUGGCGGCGCUCACGGCCGGCCUCCACAUGCUCACCUUCGUCACCGUGGCCGCCGUCCCGGAGCACCGGUGCCUGAUCCCCGACGUGGACGUGAACGCGUCCGCCUCGCUCGCCUCGUCCUGGGACACGGAGGAGCUGCGGCGGUGGGUGCCGCGGCGCGAGGACGGCUCCUGGGACGGCUGCCACAUGCUGGACCCGGCCACCAACGCCUCGCUGCCCUGCGAGAGCUGGGUGUACGACUCGACGUACUACACGUCCAGCCGCUCCAUCGAGUGGGACCUGGUGUGCGGCCGGCGCUGGAUGGGCGCCGUGGCGCAGGCCGCCUACAUGUUCGGCGUGUUCGCCGGGGCGGUCACCCUGGGCAGCCUCGCCGACAAGUACGGACGCAAAACAAUAUUUUACAUCUGCGCCGUUCUACAGCUGAUUCUCGGCGUGGCGGUGGCUUUCGUUCCCGAGUUCUGGACGCUGCUCGUCGUCCGCUUCUUCUACGGCGUCUUCGGCUCGGCCGGCGCCUACAUCACCGGCUUCGUGCUCACCAUGGAGCUGGUGGGGCCCUCCAAGCGCACGGCUUGCGGCAUCACCUUCCAGGGCUUCUUCGCCGGCGGCGUGAUGCUCGUCGCGUUCUGGGGCUACUUCAUCCGGGAGCGGGUGCUGCUGCAGGUGGUGUACGGCCUGCACGGCCUCCUGCUCGUCGGCCACUGGUGGCUGAUCGACGAGUCCCCCCGCUGGCUGUGGUCCCAGGGCCGCGUCACCGAGGCCGUCACCAUCGUGGAGAAGGCCGUGCGCGUCAACGGCGGCGAGGCCAUCGACACGGCGCACUACGUGUCCAAGGGCAAGUCCCAAGAGCGGCAGCGCGAGGACGUGGCGUACGGCAUCUCGGACCUGUUCCGCACGCCCAACAUGCGCGCCAAGAUGCUCAACUGCUGCCUCAACUGGUUCGCCAACAGUCUCUGCUACUACGGGCUGUCGUUGAACACGGGCAAGCUGGCCGGCGACCCCUUCAUCAUCCUGUUCCUGGUGGGCCUGGUGGAGAUCCCCAGCUACGUGGUGACCAUCCUGCUCAUGGACCGCACGGGCCGCCGCUCACUCAUCAGCGCCAUGAUGAUCCUCGGCGGCGUCGCCACCCUGGCCGCCGCCUUCAUCCCCCAGACGACGUCGGCCGGCAACGCUUCCGCCACGACAGUGGUGAUGAUUGGCAAGUUCAUGAUUGCGGGGUCGUUUGCCAUCAUCUACAACUACACGGCCGAGCUGUUCCCCACCCCCGUGCGCAACACGGCCCUGGGGGUGGGCUCCAUGUGCGCGCGUCUGUCUGGUGCGCUCACACCCCUCAUCACGUUACUGGACUCUCUGGACAAAACCCUCCCAACUGUGAUAUUUGCAACCAUAGCUGUGACUUCUGGAUUGCUCUCACUCCUUCUGCCAGAGACCCUAAAUCAACCCAUGCCUCAGUCUAUGGAGGAUGGAGAGCAGUUUGGAAAGGGUGACACUGCCUGUGCGUCUUGCUUCGGUCGAAAACCUGUUGACCAGAAAUAUGAAAUUCCUCUUACAACAGUUGAUUAGUUGGUAUUGAAAAAAGAGAAAUGUAUUUUUGUAGAAACUAAGCUGGUGGUAAAACAACAGAAGUUGUAAUGAACUUUGUAAAUUGUCAGAUCUGGGACUUGGAUCCAAUAAUAUGGAAAAGGCAAAGCUCAUUCAUUUUGUCUUUUAUACUUAAGAGAAACAUUACUAGUUUAAGUUCUCUUUUUUUCAUCGCUUUGGUAUCUGUGAUACUAUUCAGCAUAAUAAGUAUAACAAUUAGAAAGAAAGAAAAAUAUAUGAAAAGUUAAAAUCUGACUUUCUAAUCUACUCUAGUUUUUUACCUAUAAAUUAAACUGUAAAUUCAUUCCAUGUGAGUCAUGUGUUGUAAGCAUCUUUAACAAUUAAAUACACAGUGCUCAUUUUAACAGUUUGAUUCUAAAUUGAUCAGAGUAACUUUAUAGGGCAGGACCAUUAUACUUUUGUCUGUUAACAAGAAUCAGAGCAGAGUCAUGAGACAGGUGUCCUUUCUGUCAGAAUGCUAAAAACAGCAUCUUUUUUACAACAAACAAUUACAGGGUUAAUGAUUCUCUGAAAAUUCUAUAUUUUAGCUGAUAGAAUAUUUUCUGAAGUACAAAAUUUUCUUUGUAGUCUUAAGUUUCUGUGGCAGUUCUAUAAUUCAUAAUGCAGUCUGAUAUUGUACCAAUAGAGCAGAAGCAAAUAUUAAGAAAGAAAGACAAAAUACUUCAUUCUAUUACUAUUUUAUAAAUUACUAAGUUUUGAUCAUGACCUCCAUCUAAAGUGUUAGAGGUUAUUUAGUUUGAGAACAAAAUGGAAUUCAAAAUAAAAAGUACUCAUUUUACCGUCA